UUACAUUAUCAUAUAAUGACAUUGAUUUUUAAACAAUGACAUCGUAUUAUAUUGUGAUAUAAUGACAUUGACUUUUAACAUGUAUGAAAUUUUAACAUUGUGACAUUGUUAAAUUUAUAACACGUGACAUUGUUUAUACAAUUACUAUUUAGAUUCUCAUGCUGUGUUCAAGUCUUAUUUGAGUCCUUUUCCCAACUAUUUUCAAAUUGAACAUGGUCUUCAAUACCUCCAUAAUGGGAUGAGGAUGAGGAUGAAGCAUUUACAGGCAUCUAUGCGUGAAUUAACAAACACGGCCCACCAAUAUGUGCUACCUGAAGCGCUGCGUGUGCUCAGAAAAGAAAGUAAAAAAAAAAACAAUUAAAAGGGAAAUCGAAUGAAAAAGAAGAAAUCAAAAAGAAAAACGCAAUCAGCUGCCAACUUCACGCGAAGGAAAAGUAAUAGACGAAAAGAAGAAGAAGAGAACAAUUAGCUGUGACCACUCCGGCGAUGUCCAGAGGCAGACCGGGCAGACCGGCGCUUGACACACAACAUUUGAGCGUCCCAGCGACGGUUGACUGCGUUGAGGAAUGCUUUAGUAAGAACAUUAAAUUCUAGGAGAGUUGAUGGAGAGUGCGAGGCGGCGACAACGGAGGUGGUGUCGCCGUAGAUGGUGGCCGGCGGUUCUCUCCCAGACGGUGAGGGGCAUGAGUGGGAAUGAAUUUUCUUUACUUAACAAAGGCAGAAUGAAGAGAGAAGGUGGAAGUAUCAUGUUUUUGUGUUUCGUUGUUUGGAUGUCCAUAUCCAUGGUUGCAGCAGCCAAACGCAGCGCAAGAAAGCUGGCAGUGAAAUCGGACUGCGAUGUUGAUAUCGAGGACAUGAACAAGUCGUGCAAGGAAUGGCUGAUGACCAGCGUGUUAGAUGAAGUCUGUGAGGCGGAAGUAAUCCUUGUAAGGACACAGUGCCGUAAAGAGCAAGUCCUUAAGGAGGCUCCUUAUUUCUUCUCCCCUU